CUGGGACCAACAUAUCAAGGCAGAUACUCCAGCAGACAUUGCUCAAUGGGGGCCUCUGUGGAUGCCAGCCAAGGAAGACUCCAUUCCUACAGCCCAGGCAUGUAAAAGCCCGUUUAACCUGCGCAAAAGCACAUAUUGACAGAAAUUGAAGCUUUUUGUUAUCAAUGCUAUGGUCUGAUGAGACAAAAAUGAACCUUCUUGAGCACAGGAUGUGGCAUUCGUUUGGAGAAGGAAACGGGAAGUGUUCAAACCGAAGAACACAGUCCCAACAGUCAAGCACGGUGGCGGGAGCAUCAUGCUUUGGGGAAUUUCUCCGCCAGUGGGCCUAGCAAUCUCGUCAAAGUUAAUUGCAUCCUAAAAAGGAGCAAUACAUCGUGAUAUUGGAGCAAAAUAUCAAACAUAGUCGGCAGAGAAACUUGACCUGGGGCAGCUGGACAACGACCCCAAGCACACGGCGAAAAUUGUCAAGAAAUGGUUCAAGGAGAACGAUGUUAAUUUUUUGGACUGGCCAAUUCAUAUCCCAGAUUUGAACCCAAUCGAAAAUCUGUGGCAAGAGCUUAAGGUUGGAGUUGCAGCAAGAAGACCUUCUAACCUCAUGGACUUGGAGACCUUCGCAAAAGAGGAGUGGGUGAAAAUUCCUAUAGAGGUCCGUAGGAACUUGAUCAGCAACUAUCAGAACCGUUUAAAGGCUGUUAUUGCAAACAAAGGCUAUGCCACUGGUUAUUAGUCGUGGGGUAUGAAUACUUACGGACAUGCAUAAAAACAAAUACAAGGAGGUCCACACCGUCAAGAAUCUCAAGGGACGUGGUCAGAAGCCAAAGAUGAUGCCAAGACUGGCCUGAAAAGUUGUACGAGAGGCCUGCAACAAUCCUGGGAUCACUACCAAGGCCAUACUGAAAAAUUUGAGUGGCUCUGGGACUAACAAAUCAAGGCAGACACUCCAGCAGACAUUGGUCAAUGGGGGCCUCUGUGGAUGCCAGCCAAGGAAGACUCCAUUCCUACAGCCCAGGACCGAAAAGAUGCAGGGCUUGCUGAUCUGCAGAAAUCCCUGCGUCAUGGUAUUGUUGAAGGUGGAAUAACCAAACUGGUUGAAGAGGAUGAUGAACAACAAGGAGAAGAGAGAGAAACUAAAUCAGAACGGGGAGAGCAGGAACUAGUGGAUGAUGGAUCCACACAAUUGGAAUUAGGCAAAGAUAUGCCAUUGUUACCAGAACAUGAAAAGACAUUGAAACAAUAUGCAUUGGAGAGUGAGAGCAUUGCGACUUCACACCCAGGAGAAGAUAUUUUCUCUAAAACUGACAUUGGCAAGCUGUUCACAUUUCCUGUGGGGACACCCUUGUCAUCCAAGGCCAAUGCAAUGGAGAAGCUUGUCAUUGCAUCUAACCCAGAUGAGCUAGAGGAAUUGUUGAUGUCUCGGACGAUUUUAGACAUAUACGCUGUGAAGCAAUGUCCAGAUUCAGUCAUGCUGUGGCUCCUGCAGCUGUUGUCUAUCUGUGACAAUGUACUACUUGCUGGGAUGAUAUAUGAUACCAUGUGGUCACUGUUGAACUCAUUUCAACAUAAUGAUCCAAACCAUAAGCCGUGGUGCCCUACACUUCAAGAUAUUGCUGCCAUAUUUGUCAACUAUGGUGCCAGAUUGAACUCGUUGUUACCUCCAUCAUUACUACAGAGAUAUUUUACCAUUGAAGAUAUCAAUAUUAGGUACAGUCAAAACAAGAAUGUGUUUCCUGGAUGUCAGGCCAAACCUAGGUGCCUUCCUACAUACAAUUUGCAGCAAGUUAUAAAGAUCAUUACACAAUGUCUACUAAAUGCAGCAAAGCAUGGGAAGCCUUCGUUACAUGAAGAGGAGUUGAUUUCACUUGCUUACUUGGUUUGCAAAGUCUCCUUGGAUAGACAACUUGUCAGGUGCCCUGUGGAGGUUGAUAUUCAGCACUGCCUAGCUGCUGUACUCAAUUGUUUUCAAGAGCAAACAUGGAAUUCUCAGGCAAGCAAAUUGUGUCUGUGUCUUACCCACUGCAGCAGUCAUCACCACAACCUAGUUCAUUUAGUGCGACUAAUGCGGACAGGCACUCACCGAGGAAAAAUUCUCUGCCCCUUGCUCAGCUGUACUUUCCUGGAAAAGCUGACCAAAAACAAUGAAGAUGAGUGGCAGUGCAGUGGAGAUAUUCAAACAAAGGUGAGUGACUUGAUACCUCUGUUGGCUGCGUGCAAGCCAAGGUGUAGAACAGACACAGAUUAUUAUCAACUGCACAGUCUCAUUACCCUAGUUGAGCUAGCUGUGGGAUAUGACAAAGAGCUGUACAAGUCAGUGGAUAAGGAAGCCUUGGCAAAGCUGGUGAUCAUGCUACGAGAUAUGGCAGGGGAUAUUCGAGACAGUCACAAACAUCUGUGUCGCACACAGGUCAAAGAUCUCAUGAUUCGCAUCGCAAGUGAACUCACUUACCUUGAACAAACACUGACAAGCAAACAGGCCUUUCUCCAUACCUUUAUGACGGUUGAGCAAAGUGAAACUAAAGCGACUGACAAUGAGGCUAGUUGCCACAGAAAUAUCGACACCAAAGAUACUUGCCAUACAAAUUAUUCUACUGUACAAGAUGUCUCAGAAUGGUGAUACAUGUAUUAUGCCACAUGUUUAUGACAUGUUAAAUUUGUAAUAUAUGCACUAUAAUAAAGUUACAAGUUUGAUGGAAUUGUAGUGGGAUGACACAGCAAAAAUCUAUCAUUCAUCGUCAAACCAUUUUUUCUAAUAAAAUGAAAAGGCCAGAACUUUAGAAACAUUGCUGGAGUACCUUUCGUGGAGAUGAAAACUCUUUUGCCCCCAUAGUCUAAAAACUUGGAUAUUCCACUGCCAACCUUACAAAUUGUGAGGGGAAAAACACCUAAAUUUGGCACAGAGUUUAGAAUAGUAAGUGCGCAAUUCUUGGAAAUGCAUUAUAUAAAAAUAAAUAUACCCCAAGCUAGUGGUGAAUUGGUAAAUUUUCAUUUUGUUCAAUGGUUUUAUACCACUUGUAUAUGUUUUACGUAAUAAUGAGAAAGUGUUGUUCGCUUUUUAUGGCCAGAUCUUUAAUUAACCAUGUAAGUUUUUAAAGUCUGGGAUUUUCAUGACAGGUUUUUACGUAAACAAAUACUGAACCUUUUUAAUUCAUGCUGUCACUGUUUAAAAUGGGUAAUGCAAAAAGUUCAUCUAAUUUAGUUGGGGUUGGCUGUAAAUGAAUGUUUUAGUGUUGGUUUCAGUGAAUAUUUAUACAAUGGAAUGUUUCAUAAUUAAGCAUCCAAAUCUAUCAACUGCUCCUCAGGUUUAUUCACAGAAAACAAACUUUGAACCACCAAACAUUGAAAUAAGUCUAGUUAGUACUAAAAUUGUCAAAAUGUAAAAUUAUACAAAAAAUAAGGAAAAAAAGUGUGUAUAUAAAGAGGCUUGCAGCAGUGUUUACUCAGAUUAGGUUGGUUUAAGUGGAAGGUGGUGGAUAGAAUGCGUAACAGUGCUGUGUAUAUCAGGUUGUGCAAGCGAAUUGUCUCUGUUGUCACAAAGACACAAAAAUCUCACCUUAGGGUAAAACCUACAUUUUGAUCAAUUUGCAUUUGACGUUGGUCUCUUUUUCAAACACUUAAAUGUAGUUUCCUAGUAUUUAGCAUUCCUUUGAUUUCACCAAUGGAACUCCACGGAAGAGAGGGUCUUAAAUGACACAAAACGGCAAAAUAAGAGUUAGGCCUAGUAGAAGUCAAUUAAAAUUGUUUAUUUUGUAAAUAAACAUGUUUUUCUCUAGUGAGAAUGGUCAAA